ACGAUAGUCAACCUUUUACCGCUGCACGUGUUGCAUUAUUGUUUCUGCUGUUUUGAGUUGUUUUAUAGCUGAAUAAACGAUUCAAACGGCAGUCAACAUGAAGUGGACCACAUCGAAUCUUAAACAUGCCAACUAUACAGCCAAACAUGAAUUGUUCGUGGGAACACACACGGGCUCCUUCAAACACUUGAUGCCCGCUGCGGACAAGAGUCCAUACGAGCAGUCAAAUCUCAGUGAUUUGAGUGGUUUGGAUAAGGAAUCACGCGUCACAGCAUUGGCCUUUGGCAAUGAGGCACAAACAGAGAUACUGUUGGGACGGGCUAAAAAUAUUGCAGAGCUGCACUCGCUGGGAAUUAACGGAGGGGUCUCCACUCGUAAUGUUAACUUUACGGCUGCUCCCAUUGUGGGAUUGGCGCGCUAUAACAAUAACUUGAUUGCUGGCAUUGGUAAUGGACAAAUACAAAGCUUAUCGCUUGACCAUGGGGAUGAGGAAACGGAGGCAGUUAUCAUCCAGACAGGCGAUCAAAUGGAUCAUCUGCGUCAGUGCUCGACGGCCACAAACAUUAUUGCCACUGGCGGCAAGGCCAGACAGAAUAAUCUGAAAGUCUACGAUCUGAGCGCCGAUGGCAAGCAGAUAUUCAACUCCAAAAAUCUGCCCAACGAUUACUUACAGUUGGAGGUGCCCGUUUGGGACAGUGACAUCGGCUUUGUGGAUGGCCCUAGUGUAUUGGCUACCUGCUCCCGGCAUGGCUAUGUUCGACUCUAUGAUACCCGCAAACAGCGGCGCCCAGUUACCCACUUUGCCAGCGAGGAACAUGGCAUGAGCUUUGCGGCGCUGGUGGCACGCGGUAACUACAUUUACACAGGCACCACCAUGGGCGCCCUGAAGGCUUUCGAUACGCGCUGCAUGAAAACCCAUUGUCAUACCUACAAAGGAUUUACGGGCGGCAUCAGUGAUUUGCACUUGGACGAGACGGGCAAAUACUUAAGCUCAGCCUCCCUGGACCGUUAUGUGCGUGUGCAUGAUGCCGAUUCCACUGUGCUGCUCUAUCAGUGCUAUGUGAAGUCCAAGGCAACCAAGGUGCUUAUUAGGCAGCUCUCUGGCCAGCAGCAGCAAGAGCAAGAGAGCGAAGAGGAUGUCGCAGAAGGAGAGGAAAAGAAAAGUCGCAAGGACAUUAAGAAUAACAAACGACAGCCUCAGGCAGUGGAUGCCGAGUAUGAGGAUAUGUUCCAGCAGAUGGCCACUGUGGGCGACAGCGAUGAUGAUGAUGAUGACGAAGCUGCCAAGAAGCAAACGCCCGUGGCCACGAAGCGGAAAGCGCUCAAACAAACGUUGAAAACAAAAAAGAAAAAACAAUAAAGGUGAUAUCUUUAAAGAAAAGAAAAAACUAUGUGAAAUUAAGUUUUAAAUAUACAUGCAUGUAUGUUAAGUUAGUCGACUAUUUCCAAGCCUGCUUCAGCUGCAGCUGCUUUUGCUGUUGAUAGUUUUUGUGCAAGCGAAAGACGCAGUAGUAAAAGAACUCCACAAUGGAUAUCAUGCUCAGACCCAGGCAAAGAUUGAAAAUGCCACCCAAAUCAGCUACAAUGGAUGUAAAUGUUGUAAUUCAUUAAAGUGGGAAUAAUCAUACACCUACACAGUAGUCCAAUCCAGGACAUGACAGUGACUUUCCUAAUCACUGGCACCACUUGUUUGGCCAAAUAGACGCGCAGCACAAAACUAUCAUUCCUAAGCAUCUCGGAUGUGCUGAUAAGAAAACGGGGUAAAUUUAUAAAACAAAACGGUGUGUAUUUAAAGAGCUUACUAAAAACCGGUCACGGAGAACUGAUGCAAAUUGAGAUCCGUUUUGUAGGACAGCGUAGAGUAUGUGACGUCAUAGCAGUUUGGAAGGCAUUGGUCACAGCGAACGCUCUUGAAAUUGUCUAUAAAUUAAAUACAAUAUUUUUAUUUAAUUGUGGUAACUAAGACAUUAGCUUAAGAACUAAAUAGUUGACUAAAUAAAACUAUAAUUUA